AUGAAUGACUCUCAGAAGAUGAACUUUGCCUUAGUUGAGAUUGAAAAGAUGUUAUCAGUAAUUGGAAAGAGUUUGAGGGACUUUUCAAAAAUGGCAAUUUCAAAUUUUGAGAGCUAUAGUGAAUAUCAAAUAGGAGAUACUGAAAGCAAAUAUGGAGGGUUAGUCUUUGUUUAUGGGUAUGGAGGUACUGGUAAGACCUUUUUGUGGGGAACAUUGUCUUCAGCUUUAAGGUCUAAGGGUGAAAUUGUUUUAAAUGUUGUGUCUAGCGGCAUAGCUUCUCUGUUAUUACCAGGUGUAAGGACUGCCCAUUCUCGAUUUUUCAUACCUAUCUCUGUUAAUGAAGAUUCAACUUGCAACAUAAGUCAGGGUAGUCCAUUGGCGGAGCUUAUUGUGCAAAGCAAGUUGACCUUUGGUGGUAAAACAGUUGUUUUUUGUGGCGAUUUCAGACAAAUUUUACCACUAAUUUCAAAGGGCACACGGCAAGAUAUUGUUAGGGCAAGCAUAAAUUCCUCCUAUCUUUGGAGAUCCUGUAAAGUAUUUAGGCUAACUAAGAAUCUGCACCUUAGAAGUGUACAAUCAGAGUUUGAGGCUAAAGAGAUUGAAGAGUUUGCAAAAUGGGUAGCUAAUAUAGGUGAUUGA